AUCCAAAGUUAUAUAUGAAGCAAUCAAUGAAAGUGUUUGAAAAGUGACGCGAAGAUGGACGUCAAAGACAUCAAGGGAGCCAAAGUGACACAUGCGGGCUUACUUAAGCAUAAUAACGAUGGCACAACCGAAACGCAAAAGAUCACCCAUGCUGGCCUGGUGGCCCGUUCACCCGAAGGCACUGCGGCCAAAGGCAUGAAUAUACGCGGCAAUGAGGAUCUAUGGGUCGAAAUCCAAGCGAAUACAUUUCGCAAUUGGGUCAAUGAGCAUCUAAGGGAGACGGGAAUGCAGGUUCAUGACUGGGCCACUGAUUUCUGUGAUGGCACUUGCCUGUGCGCCUUGGUUGAAUCCCUGCAGACGCGUCCCCUGAAACCCUCAUGGAAUCGCCGGCCGGCGAAUCAGCAUCAUUUCCUUGAGAAUGCCUCAACGGCUCUUAAGUCGAUUGAAGCGGAUCACAUUAAGCUGGUGAACAUUGGCAAUGUGGAUAUUGUCAAUGGCAAUGUGAAGCUCAUUCUGGGUCUAAUCUGGUCGCUAAUUGUCCGCUAUCAGAUCGGCAGGAGUAAAUUCCCGCCACGCAAACUAAUGUUGGCAUGGCUUCAGGCCGCCCUGCCCGAUUGCAAGAUCACCAAUUUGACCACCGACUGGAAUAGUGGUGUCAAUCUGGCCGCUCUGUUGGAUUAUUGUCAGCCGGGUUUGUUUCCUCACUGGCGUAGCCUGGAUCCUAGUCAAUCUGUGCGCAACUGUACCAAUGCCAUGAAUUUGGCUCAACGUGAAUUUGGUGUACCCAAAGUCUUGGAGCCGGAAUAUUUGGCCUCCCCCUGGCUGGAUGAGUUGUCCGGCAUGACGUAUUUGUCGUACUUCAUGAAACCCGGAGGUCCUGGCUAUAAUGCCACCAUGAGAUGGGUUAAUACCCAAGUCAAAGAUCCGGUCAAGAACUUUACAACUGACUGGAACGAUGGCCGUGUAAUGUGUGAAAUUAUCAAGGGCUUGGGCGGUUCAGCUCCUGCUCCAGAGAAGCUAAGUGCGGAUCCUUUUCAUUAUGAGAAUAAUAUUAGGAAAGCGGUCGAUGCUGGCUCCAAGCUGGGUGUUCAGCCCAUACUCACACCCAAGGAUAUGGCCAAUCCGGAAGUGGAACAUCUGGGCAUAAUGGCAUAUGCUGCCCAUUUGCAAUGGGUGCCGCCUCGGCCGCCGCUCUCCGACCUGGUUAAUGUUUACUUGGAGAGCACUUCCGGACGAGUCGGUGAACCGACGCAUUUCCGUAUCGAUGUAUUGUCCCGGGAUAUCAGUCUGAAUUCAGUGCGUUGCCAUGUGGUGCCACCUUCCGGUCAACCGGCGCAGCCCGUGCGUCUGAAUGUCCACGGCGAAGGAGUCUAUGUACCGGAACGUUAUGGCAUGCAUGAAAUUGUCGUGGAAAUCGGUGAGGAUAGUUUGGGUGGUCAUUUCUUCCGUGUCCUGCCGCGACUCCUGCAAGUCGCCCCACCCGGCAUGGCACCCUGUGCUCUGGGCAGUUUAGUUGAGGUUCUGGUCAAUGCCACGGGUGCACCCAAAACCGAGGAUAUUCUGGUGACAGCCGUCUCACCCACGGGCAUUUCACAUAAUUGUCCCCUGAAGAAAAUCGACGAGGGGCACAGUGCCAUAUUCAAGCCAGACGAAGCGGGCAUCUGGGAAAUAGCCAUCACCUAUCAGGGCAGGCACAUACAGGGCGGACCCUUCACCUGUGCCGUAUUCGAUGCAUCUGGUGUCUCUGUGCAUGGCCUCGAUGGAGCCAUGCCGCUGCGUGCACACACCUUUGAGGUGGAUGCUCGCGGUGUCGGUGUCUCUGGGGAGUUGCAUGUGGACAUUGUCCAUGAUAAGCACUCGUUGGUCUGUUCGGUGGAGAAAAUUGUCGAAAACAAAUACCGUGUGACAUUUAUGCCGCGACAAAAUGGCAAAUAUCGCGUCUAUAUCUACUUUAAUGGCUACGAUGUCAAGGGAUCGCCAUUCAUAAUGCGCGUUGGCACUAAGGGACGUUCGGGCAAGACGCGUAGCAGUCCUCUGCACGAUAGCAAAAAUCGUUCCGAGAGUCCUUCGAUGCACUUUAUUUCGACGACCAAUACCCGGCACAAUGACUAUCGCAAUAAUACGUCAUCCUUGUCGAGGCACAAUACGGCGGAGCGUACUAGCAGCUAUUCGCCACAGUAUUCACCCAAAUUGGAUACCACUGACUAUCACACAACCAGUUCUAGGUACUACAAGCGGGAAAGUGAGGAGAACAACACACCUCCGUUGACUAGUGCUUCACCCACUGUGAAGUAUCUCAAUUCAACCGAUCUGUAUACGGAAAAUCCCAUGGGAGGUCGUCGCGAUUCCAAAACCUCAAACAGUAGUUCGACCAAAAACGAUUACUACUAUGACAAGGAGAAUGAAUUGUACAGCCAACGUCGGGUAGUCACAAAACCCAAGUUGACCUCACCACGGGAAGAGAGCAAACAUCUGAUAGGAACCAGUAGCAGCAGUACCAGUACGAGCACCUAUCAACGCCUCCAACAGCAGCAACAGCAGAGCAGUUCCCUCAGUCCAAUACCUAGUCCCACACUGAAUACACGCUCCAGCGAAGUGCAUAAUCAUAGUCCUCUGACCAUCAAGACAUCAAAUCAAUAUGAAAGCUCGUCGCGUAAUCUAACUGGUUUGGGUAGUCCAAGACAUGCCUCCGUGUCGCCCAUUCAAAGGUAUUCACCCAAUAGUGCCUAUAUAACGACAGCUACCCAUCGCAUGGGCAGUCCCAUAACGAGCACUCUAAAUAAGAAUGGCUAUGAAACAACACGCACUGUGGAAAAGUCAUCAUCAUCGACCUACAAGUCCUCGUCCAACUAUGUCACCGACUCAGCCGCGAAUGUCCGUGCCAGUCCCUCGCUCUAUGGGACCACAGAACGUUUGCGUCGUUCAGGUUCCCCAGAGCCACGUAUCGAUCACUCUUCGAAUGUGAGAGUUUCUUCGAUGAAACCAGCCUCAGCUCGUCGUGAUAGCUGGGAUGUGAUCAAUAAGACCAAACAUAUGCUCUCGCACAAUUCGCUCGAAUCACUGGCGAAUAUGACCGAGAAGCAAUUGAAUACGGAACUUCAAUAUAAUCGUCCCGAUUUGGAUCAUGAAACGCAAAGGAAUACCCAGUACAAUAAGUUUGCCUUGCACAAACAGCAACAGCAGCAGCAACAGCAAUCGGAUUAUCGCCGGGAUUCCCCAGACGAUGGAGAGCGCUACAAACCCAGUGCCAUUACAGUCAAAUCGCAUUCAAAUAAUACCUAUACCGAUAAAUCUGGCGGCUAUACGAAAACGGUGAAGGAAUCAAGUGAACAUGUUGUCACCGAAAGCAAUGGCCAUGGCCCUGGCUAUGGUUAUAGUUCACUUUCACGUUUCCGACCCAUAGAUAGCAAUGCAACGGGUGCUAGAGCCAUACGUGUCCAGGAUAUACCAAACGGUUCGAUUGGUCGUCCUGUGGAAUUCGAAAUCGAUGGCUCCAAGGCCGGUUCGGGCAAUUUGGAGAUCUUGGUAAAUGGCGGCAGAGUCACUUCCUCGGUGCGCUCGCUGGGAGGACAGCGAUUCAUAGCCAGUUUUACUCCCCAUGAACAUGGAACACACACUGUGCAGAUCACAUUCAAUGGCGAAACUGUGCCAGGUUCACCGUGGCACGCUGAAAUCAUGUCGUCACCCGGCUUAACCGCAUUGGGCGAAUCCACACGCCUUGUACCCGCCAAUACGCCGGCGGUUUUUGAGAUACUGCCGCCUCCUGGACAAAGCCUGAGUAAAGGCGAGUGCGUGGCAUCGGUAUUGACGCCAAACAAGUCAAAACUGAAUGCCAGAGUCACCCAUGAGGCGGCAAAUGGUGCUGCACGCAUUGAGUUUGUCCCCACCGAGGUGGGUACCCACAUUAUCGAUGCGUCCAUCAAUGGCACAAAGAUAGCUGGCGGGCCCUUGGUUGCCAAGGUCUACGAUGCCAGUCUGAUCCAAGUGACCGAGGUGAAUGGCGGCGUUGUCGGCCAGCCAUGUCAAUUUCGUGUGGAUGCCAGUGCCGCCGGCGAGGGGCAACUGGAGAUAUCCAUCAAUGAGGGCGAAGUACCCAAUCAUGUCCAGGUAGUUGGAGGAGGACGUUGCCUGGUAUCAUUCACACCCGAACAGGCCAAAUCCCAUCUGAUCGAUAUCAAGUUCAAUGGCGAAACAGUUCGUGGUUGUCCAUUUGUCUGCGCCGUGGCGGAUACCUCACGUGUGCUCCUUAAUCUUUCCAAUCUCGAACUGAUACCAGUAAAUCGGCCGUCCUCCUUCCAUAUCACAGUAAGCGGUGGCGGUGCAGCCGAAUUGGCUGUCAGUGUCAGAGGUCCGCAGGGUGAGCUACCCGUCCGUGUGACUGGCGAUAUCCAUGCCGGCUUCACCGCCGAAUUCACGCCUACCAGUGUGGGUGGCCAUUCGAUCAAUGUGGAGUACAAUGGUUUUCCGGUGCAGGGCACACCAUUUCUGGCUAAAUCCUAUGAUGCCAGCAAAGUGGUUGUCGGCAGUGUCUCAAGGGGCACCAUGGGUCGACCAGUGCAAUUCACUGUGGAUGCCGGCGAUGCUGGUGAGGGAAAUCUAGAGAUAACAAUUUCGGCCAAGGGGCAGAAUAUACCCACACAAGUCCAUCCACAAGGCAGUGCAAGAUUCUCAGUGUCGUUUGUGCCCACUGAGUCAUGUGAGCAUACCAUCAAUGUGUCCUUCAACAAAAUGCCUGUGCCCGGUUGUCCCAUCACGGUGAGCAUCAGUGGUGGAGUUGCCGGGCCGCAGGUAUCACUAGGCGGACCAGGACCCGUGCAUCAGACCAAUUCGUUUGUAAUCAAUCACAAUGGCGGCCGUCUGGAAGAUAUUGAGGUCAAUGUGGAAGGACCUGCCGGUCAAUCGGUUCCGGCACAAGUACAUCAAUCAGCUGAAGGCGUUUUCAAGGCAGAAUUUGUUCCCCGUGUGGUCGGCGAACAUCGUGUGAAUGUUACCGUCAAUGGUUUACCCACAGCUGGUAGUCCUUAUGCGGCAAAGGUUUAUGAUGUCAGCGCUAUAAAGGUGAAAAAUGUGAGCAGUGGCACUGUGGGUAAAGCUGUCACAUUUCUGGUGGAAACAAGUCAAGCCGGUCCUGGUAAUCUUGAAGUCACUGUGAAUGGUGGACGUGUACCGACAUCGGCUCAGGCCCAGGGUCAGCACACAUACGCCAUUAGUUUUACUCCUCGCGAGGCGGAGAGUCAUACGGUUGAGCUACGCUUCAAUAGCCAAGAUGUGCCUGGUUCUCCCUUCACUUGCCGGGUGGCAGCUGCUGCUCGUAUUCAAUCGCCGGAAACUAUGGACAAAGUCAGCGUGGGACGUCUAUUUGAAUUUGUGGUGGAGUCGGAUACCAAACCGACCGUGGAAGUUCUGGGACCAGCCAGACGCAGUGUACCUGUCAAAAUUGAUCCCUUGGGUUCGACCACCCUCGGCUACAAUGUCAAAUUUGAACCCAUUGAAGUAGGCGAUCAUUCAGUUGAAGUUCGUCUACCAGGUGGUGGUCAUGUCGAGGGAAGUCCCUUCCUACUGAAGGCUUACUCCGCCGAAAAGGUGAUCGUCACGGACAUCCGUCCCGGAGUUGUCAAUAAAAGUGUGAGCUUUGGCAUCAAUGCCUCUCAGGCGGGAGCUGGUAAUCUAGAGAUCAUUGUUGCUGUCAAUGGAAAGAAUGUGCCUAAUUUUGUCCAAUCUGAGGGCAAUGCCAGAUUCAAGGUGAACUUUAAGCCCACCGAGGCAGCUUCCCAUUCGUUAUCAGUGCGUUUCAAUGGGCACCCAGUGCCAGGAUCCCCCUUUAGCUGUCACAUAGCCGCAGCCUCAUCGUCUUCCUCGAUGGGUUUGCCACGUGCCCAGGCCAUGGGCGAAUGCCUCAAACAGGCUGCUGUCAAAAUGGAUAAUACCUUCGAGCUGGAGGGUUUCGAUGGUGUGGAACCUCAAAUAUUUGUCACCUCCCCCUCUGGUGAUAACGAGCAUUGCCAGUUGAGCCAGCAUGAUGGCGGUAGCUACUCUGCUUCGUUCCGCCCCACCACAGUGGGUCGUCAUUUGAUAAGUGUGACUGCCAAUGAUCAGCAUAUUAAUGGCUCACCCUUCAGUUGCAAUGUCUUUGAUGUCUCUAGGGUGAGCAUUAGUGGUCUGGAUCAACAAUAUGGCCCAGCCACUUUGGGGGUGCCAGUUACCUUCAGUGUGGAUGCAGCAGGAGCAGGCGAAGGCACGUUGGAGCUGGUCGUUUCAACUGAUAGCAGCACUGUCAAAGCUGAGGUUGUGGCCUGUGCGAGAGGUCUAUAUGAUGUCACAUUUGUCCCACAGAGCACUGAGCCGCACUACGUGAACAUCACGUUCAAUGAGGUGGCCGUAGAUGGUAGUCCCUUCCGCGUGGACAUACAACAGCAUACUCAACACAUUCAGAUAGGUAGUCUGGCUGCCAUUGAUUUUCCCGCAGAUGAUCAGAUUGUAGAGAUUCUUUCACCGGAUCAGAAGAAUGUUCCCUAUACCAUUAAUCGUCAAACUGCUGAAUUCCGUACACAUCAAACGGGAAAUUACACACUGCGUUUCAUCGAUCGCGAAACACGUCAGCACAUUGGCUCUCGUACUUUAUGCAUCUUUGAUCCAAGUCUGGUGAAGAUCGGCGAAGUCAGCGAAGCCUUUUGCCAUCGUCCAGCUAGUAUAGGGGUCUCUCUCAAUGAAGCAGGUCAGGGAGAUCUCUCGGCUCUGGUGAGAUGCGGUGCCACCGAAGUGGCUCACACUAUUCGCGGACCGAGUAAGACGGGAGUCUAUGAGAUUGUCUAUCAGCCCACACGAGUGGCUCCACACAAGAUCAGCAUUCUUUUCAAUGAUGUUCCCAUAUCGCUGAAGCCACUCGAAAUUAAUGUGCUACCAGCCAGUGCGGGCAAGGAAAUAAGUGUUAGUGGCUUAGGUCUUUAUCAGGCCCGAGUAGGCAAGACAACAUCUUUCGCCAUCGAUACCGUGAAACGUCCAGCCAGAGAAUUCGAUGUGGUGGUAUCUGGUCCAGGUGGACAGGCUCUGCCAGUGCGCUGCUAUCAGACCAAGAAUGGGCACUUGCAAGCAGAGUUCACCAUCAACAAGCCGGGACAGUGUGUUAUUGAGGUUCUUCAUCAGUCCAAACCAUUGCCAGGCAGUCCCUUCACAUGCGAGUCCUUCGACAGCAGUAAAGUGUCCACUCAAGGCGUCACUAAAGAACCGUUGGCCCUUCACAGUCCCAACAGCUUUACAGUGCGCACAGAUAAUGCUGGCACCGCCGAACUGGAAGCCUUUGCCAUUUCGCCCAGCAAUCAGAGUAUUCCGGUGCUUAUCAGUGAGCAAUCCGAGGGUAUCUACAAUGUGGAAUUCGUGCCCUCCCAACCGGGUAACUACAAGUUGACCGUAAUGUACGGUGGCGAGACAAUAGCCAGCUCUCCCCUGAACUUCACCGCCUCUUCGAGUGGCGUAAGGAACGAUGCACGAGCAGCUGGUCAUGGCUUGGAAGUGUGCCAUCGCAACAAAGAAGCUUCUUUUGUGGUUUACUGUCCCAUUGCGCCGAAUGUUCAAAUCGAAAGAGUAGAUGAAUUCGGUGAACGCAUCGAGCCAAAGAUCAAGGCCCUGGGUAACAAUGAGUGGCGCAUUUCAUAUACGAUUCUCUCAGUGGGUAAAUAUGAAAUCCGUGCCAGUUGCCCGAAUCGAGGAAGUUUGCCCGGCUCGCCCUGGCACAUCAGUUGCGUGGAAUCGAAUAAGGUCACACCAGUCGGUGGCUGGGGUACGUUGGUGGAUCAUGAUGGUCGCUUGAUUCUACCCGCUCGCAUUGUCUUCGAUGUAGAAAAUGCGGGACCUGGAAAAUUGGUGUGCAGCAUUGAUGGCAUUGAGAUCCCAGUGGAUAAGAUGCCCGACGACAAGAUGUGCCUGAACAUCACCGGAGAGAAUUUGGCUGCUGGCGAGCAUGAUUUGGACUUAACUUGGAGUGGUCUGACCAUCACCCAAUGUCCCAGAAGUGCCUUCGUCACUGGCCAAUUGGCAGCCGAUAAAGUACAGCUGAUGGGUCGUGGUCUGGCCGCUGCCCAAGCUGGCGAGGCAGCUCACUUUACGAUUGAUGCAUCUAAUGCUCCGGCUGGCCGUCCAGAGGUCAUACUUCUUACCAGCCAGGACAACACCUCGCUGCCUGUUAGCUUGGCCCAGCCACGACCCAGCGAGAACAUCUGGCUAGCCUCCUACACGCCACAAAAGUCCACAACGGGCACUUUGACCCUUUCAGUUAAAUGGAAUGGCCGUCUUGUCAAAGGUUGUCCGCUCACGGUGGCCGUUGGCUCUUCCAUGGAUGCCUCUAAGGUUAUAGCCUCCGGUGAGGGACUACGACAUGGCAUAGUUGGCAAGGAUAUCAAGUCCUGGAUAGACACAAGACGUGCUGGUCCUGGCGAACUUACAGCCCAUUGUGCUGGCGUACGCAAAGUUGCCUAUUGUGAACUCUAUGACCAUGGUGAUGCAACUUUCACGCUCAAUAUUAAACCUCAAGAGCCGGGUCGUCACUUGCUAACUAUCAAGUAUGGCGGUCAGAAUGUGCCCGGCUCGCCAUUUGCCUUAAAAGUUGCCGGUGCUCCAGAUGCCAGCAAGGUGCGAGUCUAUGGUCCUGGCAUAGAGCAUGGUGUGCUGGCCACCUUUCAGUCGCGUUUCAUAUGCGACACACGUGGAGCUGGUGCUGGCCAGUUGACCGUGCGAGUUCGGGGACCCAAAGGAGCCUUCCGUGUAGAAAUGCAGCGUGAGAGCCAAAAGGACCGAACCAUUUUGUGCAAAUACGAUCCUACCGAACCAGGUGACUAUCGCGUGGAAGUGAAAUGGGCUGGAGAAUUUGUGCCCGGCUCACCAUUCCCUGUUAUGAUUUUCGACACUGAGGAGGAACUACGAAGAUAUUUACAGGGCAUAUGAGGCCAGAUGAUAAAUCAUCACCUAAUUGUCUUCCCUCGUAGCCCGCCGGCUGAGCUAAUGAAUCUGAAUCUGAAUCUGCGUCAUCAUCAACGUCGCAAUCCCUCUGUAUGCAAUCCCCUCUAAAUGAAAGAGGCAAAAACAAAACAAUAAAACAUGCUUUAGUACAUAUUUGACGAGAAAACGUUAGACUUAAGCUUUAGCUAACCCAAUACAAGAUUGUUAUACUAAUUUAACUGACUAACAACGAAAUGGCAAACAAAAUGACAAACACAAAAAACGAAAUGUUCUAGGUUAAACAUAAUAAUAUUGAUCAAUUCUAUUAUAAAGUUAUAUAUAUAUGUUACACAAAAACAAAAAUCUUGAAGAGUAUAUGUAAAUUUAAAAAAAUGGCCAACCAGAAUCUUCGGGCAAAGCAAAUUGAUUAAUAAAAUCGGCCCGAUAACGACGAAGAAAAUUAA